ACGUCAUGUCUUACACAAGUGGGCGUGUGUAUAUAACAGCGGCGAGUUUGUGUGGUUGUGUAAAGUGUAAAAAACUGUUGAAGGAGUAAGAGCGAAUUUCACACCUAAAGGCAAAAAAAUAAACACUACGAAAAUGUCAUCUGUAAACUUGACCAGCCUAGGAGCCAACCAACUGAAAAACACCACGUCUGGAGAGAUGGUGGAGGUUGGCUCUCUGUGGCGGGAGCAGACGGUCAUUCUCUUCUUCUUGAGGAGGUUUGGUUGUCAGGUGUGCCGGUGGAUGGCAGCGGAGGUCAGUAAACUGGAGAAAGACCUGAAAGCAAAUGGCAUCGCUCUGAUUGGCAUCGGACCUGAAGAGACGGGAGUGAAAGAGUUCAAGGAUGGGGGAUUCUUCAAGGGCGACAUCUACAUUGACGAGAAGAAACAGUGUUACAAAGAUUUAGGCUUUAAAAGGUACAAUGCCAUGAAUGUGGUUCCAGCUGCCAUGGGAAAGAAAGUACGAGAAAUUGCCUCUAAGGCAAGUGCAGAAGGAAUUCAAGGAAACUUUAGUGGAGAUCUUCUGCAGAGUGGAGGCAUGCUCAUCGUCACAAAAGGUGGAGAAAAGGUUUUGCUGCAUUUUGUCCAGAAAACGCCUGCAGACAACGCAUCUCUUGAGGACAUCACCAAAGCUCUCGGGAUCUCUGCCAGCGUCCAGGCUGGAGAAAAGCCACAGUGCAAUGAAGAUGUUUGCACAAGAUAGAGGACUCAGUGUUCUUCAGAGAUGAAUGGACUUUGUGAUUCCUGGUUAUCAAGUGUUAUAUUCCCCCUAAUCUGACGCAAAUCAUCUUUUACAUUUAUGUGAUACUUUGGUUUAGAUGGUAAACUAUAAUACACUGAUCAUACAAUUACAAUAAGCAAUUUUUUUGUUGAUGAGUAAUUAAACUCUCACAGUAAUCAUGUGAAUAAACACUAAUGCUGCUUUGAUCCUCAAUUUUUUUUAACUGUUAAAAUAAAUAAUCACAAGUGUGUUUUGUCAUAAGCUUUGCACUAGAAGCUAAAAUGUACUCCUUUUAAUGAGAUUAUUUUAUAAAUCUGCAUUUAUUGAUUUUUUUUUCUAAACGCAUCUGACCAAAUGUGACUUGUUAAUUUAAGAAUGUGACUGACAUUUAUAAAGAUGUACAUAUUAAAACUCUUACCAAAGUA